UCCAUCGAAUGUUAGCAGCAGGAACUUAGAGCAUACGACUCUAAGAAAAAAUAGCAUUAACAAGUGUGUUUUGUUACUGUCAUUUCCUGUAUGUAUUAGUAGGUGUGUGAUUUCAUUGGAUAUUCCUUUUUUUUCGAUUGUCUUUGUACCUAUGAUUGAAAACGGUAGUUGGUCUAUGACUUUUGAGGAGAGGGAGAACCGAAGAUUACAGGAGGCCAGCAUGAGGUUGGAGCAGGAGAAUGAUGACCUCGCCCAUGAACUGGUAACCAGCAAAAUCGCUCUGCGGAAUGACUUAGAUCAGGCAGAGGACAAGGCAGAUGUGUUGAAUAAGGAGCUCCUCUUGACCAAGCAGAAGCUGGUGGAGACUGAGGAGGAGAAGAGGAAGCAGGAGGAAGAGACUGCCCAGCUAAAAGAAGUAUUCAGGAAACAACUAGAGAAGGCAGAGUAUGAGAUAAAGAAGACCACAGCCAUCAUUGCUGAGUAUAAACAGAUCUGUUCCCAGUUAAGUACCCGGCUGGAGAAACAGCAAGCAGCCAGCAAGGAGGAGCUGGAAGCUGUGAAGGGUAAAAUGAUGGCAUGCAAACACUGCAGUGACAUUUUCAGCAAGGAGGGCACUUUGAAACCAGCAGCCAUCAGCAGGGAGGAUCAAGGAAUUGAAGCAGAUGACGAGAAGGACUCGCUCAAGAAGCAGCUGAGGGAGAUGGAGCUGGAACUGGCACAAACCAAACUGCAGCUGGUAGAGGCUAAGUGCAAAAUCCAGGAACUUGAACAUCAGAGAGGGGCCCUUAUGAAUGAAAUCCAAGCUGCAAAAAACUCUUGGUUUAGCAAAACCCUGAACUCUAUCAAAACGGCCACGAGCACCCAGCCACUGCAGCCGCCUCAGGCCACCCAGCCGCCUAAGGAGAGCACAUAGCUCCAGCCUCACCCUAGCACAAGAGCACAACGAUCAAAGCAAGGGAAACCCGGGAGCCGUCUUCCUGGUGUCCCUUUGAAGGAAAGUAAAGGAGGCCAGAAAGCAAGCCAGAAUCCUUCAGUAGCUCUCAUUCUCUCCUGUAUGACACUUUUCAAAGGGAUGUUAUUUAAAUUGACCCGAUUUAUGUUAGAUACCUACUGCCCAGCUUCUUCCUGGGAAGCCAUGUUCUGAUCCAUCCUACUAUUACACAUUAUUUUAUAUGCCUGAAGUUUAGUUGGAAAUAAGUGAUUCAGAACUAAGUGCUUUUUAUUUAGAACUAAUUAAUUACUCCUAAUAAUUUUAUCCUACAAAAAUGGAAUCAUCUGUCAUUCCAAGGUUGACGUGACAGGAAGAUCUUUGUCACAGGGAAAAAAAUUGAAACCUAAACCUCUUUAGCUUUUCAGGAUUUAUUCAAAUAAAGCACACUGUGGGGCCAGUCAUGACCACUGUCAGGUUUCAUUCUAAAACCAGGGAGCGAUAUUCCUGCCCAAUGCAAGAACAGACCAGGGGUUGAAAAGUCCCCAAAGGUAAUUGGUUUAUUUUCAUUUUCUUUCAUGUUUCAUUUUCUGAAGUGCCAAGAACUGUGGAAUGGAUGGGCUAUUGAGAAUGCAAACUCAGUGAGUGAACUGAGAUUUUGACAAAUGUGGAGUAAAAUCAUUUUGGCUCUGGUGUUCUAGCAGAUCCUUUCAAAAAUCCACAAGGGACUUGCAUGUUCCUAGUGUGGCUAGGUAUGAACACAGAUGAGACUUCUGGCAAGUGUCCAGUCAAGGGUGGCUAUUGUGAGUUGCACUUAGGGAACCUUCACCGGAGAGUUCGAGAAAAGCCCAGGUUCAGUUGCUGUGCUUAUAGUGAAGUACAGAACCAGCAACAGAGUUCUUUCAUUUGGUGUUGACAUAGUUACUAAGGAAACACUAAUAUUCUGUAAUUUUGUUAGAGGACAUAAUAUUGAAAUAGAAAUCGAGGUCAGCUUCAUCACCUUAGUUAAUGUUAGGCAACAUUUCCUCACUGCUGUAGCUCCCUAGUAUGUGCCCUUGGUACCUGUAGAUGAAGAGAUACAAAUGCAUUUAUAACAUUUUUGAUUGAAUAUGAAAUCUUUAUAGAAAUACUUAUCUAACAAAAGAUAAGGCUAUUGUUUAAAAUUGGUGGAAAUAUUUUUAAAAAUUAUAUUUAACAUACCUAUAUAAAUAGUCCUUACAAGAAAUUCUUUGGUAAGGGCAAAACUAAUUUUCCCAUUUUCUAAGCUAUUUUGGAGAUAUCUGAUCCUUUCACACCAACAAAACUACUGUCAGCUAUGUACAGUAAUGUUUACUGAUAUUCAUCCUUGGCUUCUUUGUUGGAUAUGUUGUUUUUAAAGGAUCUUAAACUUUGUAGUGCCAGAGUGGUUCUCUUCUGUGCCAUAUAUUGCAGUUAUAAGGAACACAACUCUUGAAAAUUAGAAUCAAAUAAGAACCUUCUCAAUCCUAGGAGGAUGCACUACAAGCUGCUCACCACAGAUCCUUUCCUCUAGAAUGAUAUUUGAAUUCUAAAAAGUGAAAUCCCCUUCAUCUGUUUCUAUCAUCUGCAACAUAAAACUGUUAUGUUUGGUAUCCAUGACACUUGUCAAAUAAUAUUUUUCUUUGGAACUCUU